GGGGGUAAGGGGAGGGAAGCCUCCUUUUAUGGUGAGAAAUACGUCAUAUGAAGUUUGGGUACAUAAGGAAUCUAACGGUAACAAGGAGCCCACUCUCCAGAUCUUCAGCUUGCAGCCUAGAAGAGGAACAUCCAUCGGUUUUAAAAUGUCAAACGCUGAGGAGUUAUUCCCAUCAGAAGAUGAGGCGCCAGUGCAGCCUGAACCUGAAAAGAGGAAGAGGAAGAGCAGUAAAUCGGCGUCAACGUCCAAGAAAAGUAAAGCGGAACACGCUCAUCGCGUCACUGCUGCCGAAUUAUUUGGCAGCGACAGUGAAGACGACGACGUGACGCCGCCAGCGCCAUCACCGGUUCACUCAGCCAACUCUGAAGCAACCAAUAUAAUGAUGCAUUGUCAGAAAUGUGAAAUUGAUUUGCCGAAACAUAAAUACAGAUAUCAUAUUAUGAGAACGAACUUGCACAAAUCCAAUUGUUUAUUAAAAUCAGAAUUUAAUAAUAUUGAAAUAAUUGCAACAGCAUUUAAGAACAGAAUUGUUACAUAUCGCUUAAAUCCAACACAAGAAGUCGAGUACCUCACUCCUGAGGCGUUCUUGUGUGAAAAACAAAGUGAUGUAUUAAAAGUUAUUGAAAUUUUAUUAAAUAAACAUAAUUGUAUUAAAAUUAACUUUGAACUGUUUGUUAACUUUACAUUACCAGAAACUAAUGCGCAGCAACUUAAAUCAUUUAACACAAAGUAUCAAGUUGUUUACAGAAGUACAGAUUUGAAUGAAUUAUAUGAUGAUGUUGUUGAGAAAGUAAAAGAGAAAAUGAUAGAGUUCCAACAUUGUACAUCCGGAUGGUCUUAUUUUGGAAUAAGUCAUUUAGAAAUUAAUUAAUAUAAAUAAAUAUUGUCCUAUGAGAGGUGGGAGUUACAUACCUUUGCCAGAUAAAAUAAAAAACACGAAAAGUUGUCUUAAUAUUCAGAAUAAUGAUAAUCACUGUUUUUUAUGGAGCAUUAUUGCAGCUUUAUUUCCUUCAAGAAAUAAUGUGUGUCGAGUAAAUUCUUUCCCGCAUUAUUCAGAUGUCUUAAAUGUAGAGGGAAUGUCAUUCCCACCCUCAGUAAGUGACAUUAAAUUAUUUGAAAAGAAUAAUCCAAAUAUUAGCAUUAAUGUUUAUGGUUUAAAUAAAUGUAUUGUUACAGGACCUCUGUAUAUGACCAAAACAAAAAAAACUAACCACAUUAAUUUAUUAUACUUUGAACAGCACAAUAAGGGACAUUAUUGUUUAAUAAAAAACCUUUUGAGAUUAAUCCGAAGGCAAAUAAGUCAUCAUAAGGGCACGGCUUAUUUUUGUGAUUCUUGUUUGCAAUGUUUCUUGAAAGAAGACAAAUAUAAGUCACACCGUUGUUCUCAAGUAUUAACCGUUAUGCCAGAAAAAAAUACUUGUAUUCAGUUUAAAAAUUAUGAACGCAAACAAAAAAUAAAUUUUAUAAUAUAUGCUGAUUUUGAGAGUAUGCUAAUGAAUUGUGAAACAGAGUCUGAUAAAAAUAAA